ACCGUGAGGAGCGCAUGGGUCAUAAAGUCCCGAACUGCACUGUUGGCUACCCCCUUCUUCCUUCAUUUAUGCGGUUCGCAAGAAAUUACGAUGAUGACGACGAGUAUUGAGUUCAGGCCUGGAUAAUUGUUGCAUGAUGCCAUCGCAUGCUGCUUCAGAUUUAGGCACUUAUGAUAUGUCUAUAUAUAAAUGUUGAGGUGGUAUUCAAAAUGUAGAUUAUAGGGGUAUUUUAAGAUUACAUAUUUUUAAGCUUGGUUAUAAUCCUUUAAUUUUUUACUUUAUUGAAUUCAUAAAAAAAACAACUCAAUUUGUGAAAGUUUUGGACAGUAAGAUGGUUUUAGUGAAGAGCUAUUAACCUGCAUUACAAAGGAGAUAAAAAUUGUAAUACAGGGAAUUAGAACCAAAUAUAUUUGCGAUGGUAACCUGCAACCUGGGCCUAGUUUUGUCUGGUCAGUUUUAGCAUCUUGCCUUCAUAACACCUUUUCCCUUACAUUAUCUUUAUCCAUUACCUAUCUACCUGUCUACAACUCUGGAUGCUUUCCCAGCCAGCCAAAGACAAAGUGAUUCUUAGUAAGAUUGCUGGGUAAUAAAAUCCAUUACAUACAUAAUUGUUUCACUAUAAUUUUUUGUCUUUGUAUUAAACUUUACAACCAGUAGUUUUGCUCUUCAUGUUGACCUGUGUUGCACCAAAUAGCUUUUGACUGGGCACAAAUAUAAUGCAUAAUUGUUGUUGGUAAAGUGGAGGUAAUAAAUUGAAAAGAAAACUAAUAUUUUAGAAUAAUUUUAUCUGAAGUUUACCUUAUGUAUAGAAAGGUAAUAAUUCAUUUCAUAUAGUAAUUUUUAGCUACUCUAGCAGUUUUACCAUAGGAGCAUGGAAGAAUCAUGAUGUAUGAUUAAUUCAAAACAUUAUGUUGGAUAACUACCAACCCACAGAAUCAUGACAGUGAUUUUUUUCCUAUGAAAAACUGGUAUCCAGUCUUUUUGUGAUUCUGAUUGUGAGCCAUGUACAAGAUUUUCUUAAUUUCAAGAAAUCAACUUACCAUCAGUCCUUCAUCUUGUGUGCAGCAACUUGGGCUCUUGAUCCUUUUUCUGUGCUGUAAUUGGCAGACUUGUUGUGGUUAAAGGCCUUUGUAUAGCUUAAAAUCAAUGCUGUAUAGAAACUUGAAUAAAUAUGUAAUGUUAGCA